GCCAACUAAACAAUCCCCAUUAUAUAUCUAUAUAUAUCUAUUUAUUUAAUGACCAAAAUGUGGCUAUUUCCUCUCUGUUUCUUCUCCCACCGAUGCCCAUUAUUACACCAAUCACUAUAUUUUACACUUUGAUAAACUGAUAAACAAUAGCAUCACUUGUAAAAGUACAUCAACCAUAAAGGCUAGCAAUUAUUUCUCGAAAGCUACUGAUCAUCAUAUAUGUGUAGAGAGAGAGAGAGAGGUGCAUGAAGAAGGAAGGUAGCAAAUAUAGUUUCUUGAUACCUCAGUAGUUGCUUUCCUCUGUUUUUGUCUGAAUUCAGUUGAGAGAGAUUCAGACAGCGAAAGGAGAGAGAUGGGGAAGACAGGGAGAUGGCUAAGAAACUUCUUGAGUGGCAAGAAAGAGAAGGAGAGAGAGAGAGUGAAGGAGAGAGAAAGCGACCAAAUCCCCGCCACCGACCACCGCCCCACCACCCCCAUCUCCACCCCCAAGGAGAAGCGCCGCUGGAGCUUCCGCCGCUCCUCCGCCGCCGCCCCGCCCAAGCACGAUCCAUCCCCCGCCGACCCCGUGUCCGACAUUCACGUCGAAACCGAUCCCAAGAAGCCCGCAUUGCCCUCGGCCACCGUCGCCGCCGCCGUCAUGCAGCUGCCCGAUGAUGCGGCCGAAGAAGAGGCCGCCGCCGCCGCCAAGAUCCAAGCUGUUUUUCGCGGCUAUUUGGCAAGAAAGGCAUUGAAUGCGUUGAAAGGAUUGGUGAAGCUGCAGGCGUUGGUGAGGGGGCAUUUGGUGAGGAAGCAAGCGACGGCGACGCUGCGGUGUAUGCAGGCGUUGGUGACGGUGCAGGCGAGAGCCAGAGCGCAGCGGCUGAAGAUGGCGGCGGAGGAAACCAAAUUUGUCGAUCAAAGGCACUAUAAUCACAGAAAAUCUACGCAUGGAAAUAUGUUUAGGAAUUCCAAUCAAGAUUUGGGGUUGGAAGAGAACGUGAAGAUCGUCGAGAUGGACCUCGGCGACUACAAGCCCGCGACAAAAGCCCGGAACAGCUACUCGAACCACACGCACAAGGAGCAGAGGAUGUGGAGCCACAACGACCACGAGGAGCAACCAACCUCGGACAUGACAACGAGCCCCCGGACGUUGGAGGAGUACUCGUUGGGGAGCAGCCCGCAGUGCUACUCGGCCAUCAUAUCCAAGGCCGAUCAAGCCCGGCUCCCAUUCUCGUACCCGAGAUCAGAGUAUGCAGAGUCCCUCUACGGCGAGUACCCCUUCUACCCUAACUACAUGGCCAACACGCAGUCGUCUAGGGCUAAAGUCCGGUCCCACAGCGCACCCAAGCAAAGGCCCCCCGAGCCCCCCACGCUCGAGAGGCAGCCCAGCAGGCGGCGCCCCUCCAUAGAGGGGCGCAACGUGCCUAGGGCCGUCAGGAUGCAGAGGUCCUCGUCUCACCUCGCCUCCUCCGGCCCUCAGGCUCAGCCUCAGAGCUAUCACUAUCCUUGGUCAGUGAAGCUUGAUAGAUCAGCAGCUUCACUCAAGGAUAGUGAGUGUGGAUCAUCAAGCACUGUGCUUACUAACACCAACUAUUGUAGAUCCUUGGUUGGAUUUGAGGUGCAAGGAGGUAGGUUUUGAACUGACAGAGAAUCUGAGGAGGAGAAAUCAUCAGAGGUUGAUAUAUAAAAUGUGUUUGAUUUGAUCUUGUUGGUUAAUUUCAAGAUUUUAAGGUGGGAUCAUUUCCAUGAUUCUAGUGUAAACAGUUUGCUUAAUUUGUUAAUAUGUGUUAAUUGUGAAGAA